AUGGCUACUGAAGACGAUCUUUUCGACGUAUUCGACGGUGAGGUCCCACAAGAAGAAGAGGAGGAUGUUGAAGUGAUGCCUGACGUUAAGGCUGGUGUUCGAUCCCGAACCCCAUCUGGGGAUGAGUCGACAGAGGAACCUCCAGCUAAGGCAGCGCGGCCUUCGGGAGAAGACAGCACCGAGGCGAGCCCUGAGGAGGGAGAAGGCCGAGCUGAGGAGCUCAUGUCUGAAGUUACUCUUGAGGCAUAUCCUUCGGGGGAGAACUGUCUUCAUGAAUGUAUAUUACCUGCGAACUGGGCAAAGGAAAAACGACUGCCAAAAUAUGAGGGCGAACCCGCGAAGACCUAUCCCUACACGCUAGAUCGAUUCCAGUCUGAGGCUGUAUCCUGUUUGGAACGCAGUGAGUCGGUACUUGUGUCGGCGCAUACGUCGGCUGGUAAGACUACAGUGGCUGAGUACGCCAUUGCUAUGAGUAUGCGGGACAAUCAGAGAGUUAUUUACACGUCCCCUAUCAAGGCGCUGAGUAACCAGAAGUAUCGUGAUCUCGCUGAUGAGUUUGGCAGUGAUGUUGGUUUGAUGACAGGGGAUGUAACCAUCAACCCUAAUGCGAGUUGUAUGAUUAUGACCACUGAGAUUCUGAGGUCCAUGCUGUAUCGAGGAAGUGACGUUUGUCGGGAAGUGAAGUGGGUCAUAUUCGACGAGGUGCAUUACAUGAGGGAUAGGGAUAGAGGCGUUAUCCUCUUACCUGAUACAGUACGUUUCGUCUUCCUCUCGGCUACUAUACCCAAUGCGAGGGAGUUCGCUGAGUGGAUUUGCCGUAUUAAGCACCAGCCCUGCCAUCUGAUCUACACUGACUACAGGCCGGUGCCGCUACAACACUACGUGUAUCCUUCUAUGGGGGAUGGAGUCUAUCUCACUGUCGAUGAGAAGGGCAAGUUCCGAGAGGAUAACUACGGGAAAGCCGUUGAGAUAUUAGAGAAGAAUACUGAACAGGCCUCUCAGAGCACCAAGGGUUUGAAGAGUAAUAAGAAGAAGCAACAACAGCAUACUAAGAACAGCGAUCUCCUCAAGGUCGUCAGGAUGUGCUCUGAUCGCGCCUAUCUACCGGUGAUAGUGUUCGCAUUCAGCAAGAAGGAGUGCGAGCAGAACGCCCUAGUCUUGCGAAAUAUCGAUCUCGUUACACAGGAUGAGAAAGCCCUUAUUGGGGAUGUCUUCGAGAAUGCUAUGGCGACCCUGAGUCCUGAGGACAGAGAGCUGCAGCAGAUCCAGUCCAUGCUGGGUUUCCUCUCGAGAGGUAUUGGUAUCCAUCAUGGCGGUCUCUUGCCGAUCCUCAAGGAGAUCGUUGAGAUACUUUUCCAAGAGAACUUGAUCAAGGUGCUCUUCUGCACGGAGACUUUCGCCAUGGGUGUGAACAUGCCUGCUAAAACGGUCGUCUUCACUUCGAUUCAAAAAUGGGAUGGUAUUGAACGCAGAACGCUGAAUAGUGGAGAGUACAUCCAGAUGGCUGGCCGAGCUGGUCGACGAGGAAAGGAUGAUAAGGGUUUGGUCAUCAUCAUGCUGACGGAUAAGGUCGAGCCUAAUACGGCUAAGGACAUGUUCCUAGGUGAUGCGAGUCGGCUGGACAGUCAGUUCUACCUCGGGUACAAUAUGCUGCUCAAUAUGCUCAGGCUUGAAGGUGUUGACCCCAACUACCUACUCGAGAGGAGUUUCUCACAGUUCCAGAAGGACAAGGGCUGCAUAGCGGCCAAGGAGAAGCAUUCGGAAUUGAGCCAUAAGUUGGAGGAUGCCACUGAGGAGCUGAAUAAGGUCACUGCUGAUGCCUCAAAGAAGAUGAACUUUGAUGUUAAAAUG